UUUGGACUGAAUAUCUUGCUGAACUACUCAAUAUCAAGUUGACAAAUUACGCUUAUGGUGGCGCUACUUCAAAUAGCGAAUUUAUUCAAGGAUGCACGGGUCCUAAAGCUGAGUUCCAUGUAUACGGAAUUAAGCAACAAAUUGAAAUGUUUAUUGCUGCCAAUGCUAAAUCAAAUAAAUCUAAAAAAGCAAAGAAAGUUAAAGAUUUUAGUAGAACUUUGUUUUCGGUAUAUGGCGCAGGAAAUGACUAUUUCUUUUCCGAAAUGUCUGCAUCACCACUUGAAGUAGUACAAUCUUUAAUCGACGCUCUCCACCUUCUAGUGAAGUCUUUUCCAACCAUUAACACUAUCCUAAUACCUAAUAUCCACGAUCUGUCUCGAAUUCCUGCUUAUAAAACAAGCAAUAUAGAGGAAAAGGCAAGAAUAUCUAAACAUAUCGAAUCUCAUAAUAAAUAUUUACUUGAACAUUUAGUAAAAUUUAACAGACAAACUGGUGUGAAAAUAAUAUAUUUAAAAAUUGAUAAAUUUUUUAAAGAAUUACAAACUAAAGAUGGUAUGAACUGUUUUGGAAUUACGAAUUGUGUGGAUGCAGCCGUUAAUUUAUAUAAUAAUUCUGAUGAAAUA